UGGUGCCAACAGGUGAAAUCCUGGCAGAGCACUGUCCAUUUCAUAGCUCCAUAAUUUGCAUAUUCGAAGUAUAACAAGUAGGCUGGUUGCUGUUGCGUCACACGAUACAAAAUGUCAGCAAAACGAACACUCACAAAUUCGGAGUCUUUAGUGCCGAAAAAGUUUUUCCGAUACACUCUCAAGGGGGUGAAUUUCUUUGGAUCUCAAACCGGAGAAGGUUGUUCCUUGGAUGACCUUGUGGCGUACAGCUACCUAAAGAACCAAAAGGCCGAUCGGUUGGAGGUGGUUCGUAUGAUAAUGGAACAAACUACGACAAGUCUUCGAUCGCACGGACUGCUAAUUCAGUCGAAUGAUGGAAAAUAUCAGUUAACUCAUGUGAUAACAAAUUUUAAUGAAAUCACCAGCGGAGAUCCAUCGAAUUCACCCACUUUAUCCAACGAAACUUCCACUGUACCGAACGAUCCAAGAUCGGACGAAACCAGCUCAUUGCCUAGAUCAAAUGAAACCGUUCAACCGGAAUCGCCAUCAGAACCGAACUCUAAUGCUCAGCCCGAGACACUAGAAACUCCAUCACCAAGCAAAUCGGUUGAAUCUACUGAAGGUGAACAAUUCGAAACCAGUAAGUUACUCAACCGAAUGGGUAAAGAAGUCGUCUUACCUAAUCAUCGAGAACAUUCCGGCACCGAGCGGGAUACGACGAACCAACCGACAGACUGGAAGUUGAUGCCGGAACUGAUGCCACUUUCGUUUGAUGACGAUCCACCGACAGAAAGUACUUCGAAACGCGAUGAGAAGACAGCCGCCAUCGGGAACCAUUCGAAAGGGCUACCAGAGCUGAUGCCGCCAGAGUGGAAUAUUGCGGGACUGAAAUUAUUCAACUACGAUGACGAUUCGGAUUGAGCUCGGAGGAAAAUUGAUUUGAGUUCGUUGAAUAUUUAU